UCUUUAUCUAUCUAUCUGUCUGUCUGUCUGUCUGCACAUAUAUCAUAUCUAUUAUCGGUAUAUAGAUCACGUUCCGCUACGACUCUCACCAUGAAGUGCAGUAGCGCAACAAUGGCAUUGCUUGCCAUUGCUACCGUUGAGGCAGCGAGCCAUGGUCAUGACCAUGGCCAUGUUCACGCCCACCGCUCCGUGGCAGAGGUGGACGCCCCCGUGGCCAAGAGGGGAGGCAGCUGCCAAUUCCCCUCAGGGGCGGGCUUGAUUGCCGUCACCCCCAGCGAGCUGAACGGCGGCUGGGCCAUGAGCCCGGACCAAGAGUGCAAGCCCGGCGGAUACUGUCCGUAUGCGUGUCCAGCAGGUCAGGUCUCUAUGCAGUGGGAUCCCGAGGCCACGUCGUAUACCUAUCCGAUGUCGAUGAAUGGCGGUCUCUACUGCGACGAGAACGGCAAAAUGCAUAAGCCUUUCCCCAACAAGCCGUACUGCCAGGACGGCACGGGCGUCGUCAGUGCGAAGAACAAGUGCAAGGAGCAGGUUGCCUUUUGCCAGACGGUUCUUCCGGGUAACGAGGCCAUGCUGAUCCCGACCCUCGUGGAGGAGCUGGUUACCCUGGCUGUUCCGGAUCUGAGCUACUGGUGUGAGACGGCGGCGCACUUCUAUAUCAACCCUCCGGGUUACACCACGGAAACUGCCUGUGUUUGGGGCACCUCGGAGAACCCGUACGGCAACUGGUCUCCGUAUGUUGCUGGCGCCAAUACCGAUGGCGAGGGCAACACUUUCGUGAAGAUCGGAUGGAACCCGAUCUAUUUGGAGCUGACCACGCCGUUCCGCAAUGUAGUCCCUGACUAUGGUGUUGAGAUCGAGUGCGAGGGAGACGGCUGCAAUGGACUGCCAUGCAAGAUCGACCCGGCUAUCAACGGGGUGAAUGAGAUGGUUGGAGCCAGCACGGACGGUGCUGGUGACGCUGCGUUCUGUGUGGUGACGGUGCCCAAGGGUGGAAAGGCCAACAUUGUUGUGUUCGACAAGGAGGGCGGUAGCUCUUCGAGCACGCCUGUAUCCAGCAGUAGCAACACCGUCAGCAGCAGUGUGAGCAGCAUUGCCAGCACCAGCAGUACCUCGACCAGCAGCAUCAUUCCCACGACUAGCAGCACGUCGACGAGCAUCAGCUCCACCAGCUCCACCAGCUCCACGAGCACUCCUACCCCGUCCAGCACCACCAGCUCGACCACGACAUCCAGCACCACCAGCACCACCAGCACCAUCAGCACCACCAGUUUCACCAGCUCGACCGCCAGCUCUAUCCUAAUCACUCCCCGGCCAGCGCCAACCUGGACGCCCUCAUCCAGCUGGAAGCUCAGCUCGACGAGCGCGGUCUUGAACCGAACGGCGUCGGCCAGCUACUCAUACAAGCCGCUCGCGAUGGUGGAGACGGGAUCCUCGCACACGACCGCGGACAGCAAGGACUCCACCGAAGAUUCCAAUGAAGAUUCCAACGAGGAGUCCAGCAACGACCAGUCCGAGUCCUCUUCGAUUACAAAGUCAGAAGCUGCGGUGACCCAGGGCGCAGCGGUCAGCACCGCCGUGUCGAAGCUGGGUCUGAUCCUGGCCGUGGUUGGAGCCAUUGUGAUGGUCUAGAUGAGAUCACUACUCACUUUGGCUAACCUAUUUCCAUCAAUCCUUAUCACUCUUCUUCUCCUUUUUUUUUUUGGCUUUCACUUCUGAUGGGACACUUACCUUACUUAUAGCUAUACCCUUACGAUUGACGUUCUUGUACAUGU